AUGGAUCCUUAUAGUCAACAUUGUAGCUUCCAAAACCUGUUACAUAGUCAACAACCAAUCACUGAAAACCCUUAUCAGCCUGUCCCUCGUGAGCCUUAUCAGUCUGUCCACCGUGAGCCAAUUGUUGAAGUCUCUGCAUCGGAGGCCUCUAUGUUCGGUCCACAAUGGACCGAAGAUGGCAACAACGAUGCAAAGAUCUUGUCUGACCAUAAAGAGAGACGAAAAUGGUCACCAACAGAAGAUGGGGUGCUGAUAAGUGCUUGGCUGAACACCUCGAAAGAUCCAGUGAUUGGCAAUGAACAGAAAGAAGUUGCGUUUUGGAAACGCAUUGCUGCUUAUUUUGCUGCGAGUCCAAAGCUGGAUGGCGCGCAAAAGAGGGAGCCAACACACUGUAAAGCGAGAUGGGGGAAGAUUAAUGAGGGCGUGUGUAAGUUUGUUGGGUGUUUUGAAGCAGCAACGAAGCAGAGAUCGAGUGGACAGAACGAGGAUGACGUUUUGAAGUUGCCUCACAUGAUUUUCUUCAAUGAUCACAAGGCCAAGUUCACAUUAGAUCAUGCCUGGUUAGAGCUACGAUUUGAUCAGAAAUGGAUUUCUUCGUCUGCUACCAAGGAUAAAGUUAUGUCAAAGAGAAGGAAGUUGGAUGACCAGUCAUCAACCUCAGUGCCUGUAAGCCACGAAGAGGAAGAAGCCAUGGCUCGGCCAGAAAGUGUCAAAGCAGCAAAGGCAAAAGGAAAGAAGCCACUGAGGAAGCAAGCGACUUUGGAAGCGGAAGAGAUGGAGAAGAUGGAGUUUCAAAGCUUUUGGGAGAUUAGGCAGAAAGAUUUUGCUUUGAAGUCAACUCUUAACAAACAAAAAUUGCUUGAGCGCCUAGUUGCUAAGUCUGAGCCAUUAAGUGAACUAGAAAUGCAAUUAAAAAUUAAGCUUCUUACUGAGCUGUUGGCGUGA